CUGUGUACUACAACUGAUGUAGCAGAUACCUCAGCAGAGGUGGAAUAUAUGGACAAGGAAACCCCAAUUGAAGUAAGCGAAAAGAUGUACACUGAUGAAAAUUUAACUGGUGAUGCAAAGGAGGAUGAAAUUACUCUGUCCAUGACUGAAGAGACUCAGACCAAUUAUGUCCAGGUUGGAUCAAGGAACACUGCAUUGUGUGUACCAGACAGCUCUGCACCUGAGGAAUAUAUGGACAAGGAAACCCCAAUUGAAAUACAUGCUGAUGAAAAUUCAACUGAAGCCAACAAUUGUUGUUAUUCAGUUGAUCCCAAGGAGGAGAAAAUUACUCUAUCCAUGACGGAACAGAGAGAGACACAUUUUGUUCAGGUUGGCUCAUGGAAGACAGGACUGUGUCAACAUAUGUGUGGAGCUUUUUCUACUCCCCACAUUUCUAACUAUGUCGUUCCACUGUGUACUACAAUUGAUGUUAUGCCAGGCAAAAUGGUAGAAGAAUCAGAAAAUACUGAUACCACCAGAUCAGAACCUGUUGGCGAUGGUACUGUUUCUGAUCAGUCACACACCAAUAAUGAUGAUGAAGACAGUGAGGCCAAUGACAAGGUGGCUGCUGUUGAAAGUGAAAACUCUGAUCCAAAGGAGGAUGAAAUUCCAUCCACAACUGACCAUACACAGACCCAUUAUGUCCAGGUUGGAUCAAGGACCAGGAGAUUGUGUCAAUAUAUUCGCAGAGUUAUUUCAUCUCUCAACUUUUCUGACUGUCUCUUUAGACAGUGUAUUUCAGUUGAUGUAGCAGACAGCUCUACAGAAGUGCAAUACACAGACAAGGAAACCCCAACAGAAAUAGAUGCUGAUGAAAAUUCAAAUGGCGAGUCAUCAGCACAGUCACCAAAGGAACCAAAGCACGAGGACUCUACCAAUGCAAAGCCUGGUCACCACAAGGACUCACCACCUCAUGUGGUUGGGGACCUUGGCUUCGCCCCCCAAAAAUGACAAGGUUUCAAAGCUGGUGACUCCAUCUUCACUGGGAUUAAAUCUUAUCCUUGAUGUCCAGCUCACAUAGAUGAAGUUCCUGGUGAAGAUUAAAGCCACCUAA